AUGUCUCACCCCUCCAUCUUCCACAUCCUCAUCCUCCCCGUCAUCCAAGCCCUAUUGAUCUGCCUCGGUCUCGGCCUCGCCAUCUUCGUCCUCAUCGUCCUCCUCCUCGUCCUCCCCCACGAAUACUUCAUCUACCAACCCCGUGCCAUGGCCGCGCUCAAAUCCACAGAGACACAAAUUAAUCUCCUCAAAGGCCAGCCAUCUCCUUAUCUCCUCCCUGCCGACCUGCUCAAAAACGCCGCUGCGAAAGUGCUUGACGACCGGGAUAUAUACCGCAAGGCGCUCGUCUACGGCCCAGACCCCGGUUACGAGCCUUUACGCAACAGCAUCGCGAAAUGGCUUACAGCCUUCUAUCAACGCCAUUUACCCUCCGACGGAACGGACGCCCGCCGAAUCUGCAUCACAGGCGGCGCAUCUCAGAAUCUCGGCUGCAUGCUCAACGUCUACACCGAUCCCUGGUACACGCGGACAAUCUGGAUCGUAGCGCCGGCGUACUUCCUCGCUUUCCGUAUCUUCGAGGACGCGGGAUUUGGCGGGCGGAUGAGGGCGGUGCCUGAAGAUAGCGAGGGGGUGGAUAUAGACUUCUUACGCGAGGAGAUACAGAAGAGUGAAGAGGAGGCUAGGAAAGAAGGGAGGGAUACGCCGAUGUACAAGCCGGGGAGGCAGAGGGCGAAGUGCUAUAAGCAUGUUAUAUACUGUGUGCCGAGUUUCGCGAACCCAAGUUCAAGAACUAUGUCAUUGGAUCGGAGGAGAGAUCUGGUGAAGUUGGCGCGGGAAGUGGAUGCGUUGGUCGUGGCGGACGAUGUCUAUGAUUUCUUGCAGUGGCCGGCGGAGGCGGAGGAGGUGGAGAGGAUAGAGGGCCGCAUAUGGGCCGAGGAGAUGAUUGAGAAGAAGGUCAAGCCUUUCAUGGACGGGGUUUUGGGGAUGAAGGCGACGGCGCAUUUGCCGCGGCUGGUGGAUGUGGAUCGGGAGUUGGAGGGUGGGACGGAGAGGGAGGGCGCUGAUGGGUUCGGGAAUGCGUGCUCGAAUGGGUCGUUCUCGAAGAUUGCUGGGCCGGGGAUACGUGUGGGCUGGGUGGAGGGGAGUGAGAGGUUUGCUUAUGGUGUGAGCCAGACUGGCACAACGUGCUCCGGAGGCGCGCCCAGCCAGCUAACAUCCACCUACGUCCAUGAACUGGUCAAUGGCGGAAAGCUCCAGGAGUUCAUCCAGCAUACGCUACGCCCUGCCUACGCGAAGCGGUACAAGCUGUUGAUGAAAGCGAUCGAAGAGCACCUGCUCCCACUCGGCUUCUCCCUCCCACAGACAGAUCGUAAGAUCAUCGGCGGAUAUUUCACUUGGCUCUCACUUCCCGAAGGCUUGAAGGCGGAUAUAUUAGCUACUCGUGCUAAAGCAGAUGCAAAUGUGAUUAUUGCGCCAGGAAGCAUGUUUGAAGUCCCAGGCGACGACGGGCUGAAGUUUGAGACGAGCAUACGGCUUUGUUGGGCUUAUGAGGAUGAGGAGAAACUUGAAGAGGGCGUCAAGAGGAUUGGGGAGGUGGCGAGGGUGAUGCUCGAUGAAGCUGAGAAGGGCGAGUUUGUGGUUGUUGAGAAGGAGCGUGAUAAUGCGGCGGAGUUCAAGUGA